AUGGGCGCCUAUCUCUAUGGGCGCCUUUCUCUAUGGGCCCCUAUCUCUAUGGGCGCCUACCUCUAUGGGCGCCUAUCUCUAUGGGCGCCUAUCUCUAUGGGCGCCUAUCUCUAUAGGCGCCUAUCUCUAUGGGCGCCUAUCUCUAUGGGCGCCUAUCUCUAUGGGCGCCUAUCUCUAUGGGCGCCUAUCUCUAUGGGCGCCUAUCUCUAUGGGCGCCUAUCUCUAUGUGCGCCUAUCUCUAUGGGCGCCUAUCUCUAUGGGCGCCUAUCUCUAUGGGCGCCUAUCUCUAUGGGCGCCUAUCUCUAUGGGCGCCUAUCUCUAGGGGCGCCUAUCUCCAGGGCGCCUAUCUCUAUGGGCGCCUAUCUCUAUGGGCGCCUAUCUCUAUGGGCGCCUAUCUCUAUGGGCGCCUAUCUCUAUGGGCACCUAUCCCUAUGGGCGCCUAUCUCUAGGGGCGCCUAUCUCUAUGGGCGCCAAUCUCUAGGGGCACCUAUCUCUAUGGGCGCCUAUCUCUAUGGGCGCCUAUCUCUAUGGGCGCCUAUCUCUAGGGGCGCCUAUCUCUAG